GGGUGGAGCUCGUUGUGACAUGGGCCCGCCCAGCUAAUCUCUGGAUCAGCGCAUGUGCUUGGCAUUGUCAGAGCAGAGAUUAUCGAGUUCAGGUUUGACUGGUCUACCAAAUUCUGUUGUGUGAAGAAAGGUGAAGGAUGUCUGAAGGGCAAAAUGAUAGAAAACGUUCAAGUGAAGAUGGCUACCAAGGUGAUAGUGUCCAUGGUGACUUGAAGAAACCCCGUACUGAGAAACCACCUGCAACACUCAGACUUCUCGUAAGAAACAGAGACGCAGGAGGAAUCAUUGGGAAGGGUGGAGACACCAUCAAGAGGCUGCGUAGGGAGUUUGAUUGUCAUGUGAUGUUACCUGACACAUCAGGGUCGCCCGAGCGGGUGCUCACUGUCAUGGGUGAGAUUGAACACUGUGUGAGUGUCCUCGGAGAAGUUCUCAAGAUACUGCCAGAACAGGAGGGCUCUCGUAGUAGUGAGAGAGAGACACAGAUACUCAUUCCCCAGCCAUUCAUGGGUACUCUUAUUGGCACGGGGGGCUCCAAGAUCAACGAGCUGCGGAGGAGAGUGACUGCCACCAUCAAGAUAUUCUCAGAGCCUAUGCCAGGAUCCAAUGAGCGCAGUAUUCAAGUGACGGGGGAGGUGGAUCAAGUGUGCGAGUGUGCUCGCUCAUUCCUGGAUGACAUCAGUAAGUUGUACGAUCUGCAGAAGGAGUCUCGAGAGCCUAUUUACCUGUAUGAGCCGGGUGCUGGGGGAGACUUCCAAUCACCGGCAUUCUUCAAUGACUUCAGAGGUGGUCGUGGCGGGCCAAGAGGCAGGGGAGGGUUCAGGGGUCGAGGACGAGGAUUUGCUCCGAGAGGUCGCGGAGGACCACCACCCUUCAACCCACCACCACCUGCGUUCAAACCUCCUGGCCCUGGUCCUACAAUGGGUGGCCCUCGUCCUGCAAUGGGUGGUGGUCCUGGUCCUGCAAUGGGUGGGCCUCGUCCUGUAAUGGGUGGUCCUGGUCCUGCCAUGGGUGGCCCUGGUCCUGUUAUGGGUGGCCCUGGUCCUGCAAUGGGUGGCCCCGGUUCUGCAAUUGGUGGCCCUGGUCCUGGUGUACCCCGGUCUCAGUACAACAACGCACCUCCUACAAUGCCUAACCCCACACCACGUGCCGCUCCAUUGGUUCCACAACAAGUUCCUCCGACUAUGCCUCCCCCCAAUUCUGUAGGGUACCCCCCGAGGGUGGGCUAUGGUGCUCCUACUAGCACCUAUCCACCACAGUCAAACCCCCCACCUGUGCCACAGCAACCACACAGAUAUGCCCCCCAAGUGCAUCCAAACGCACCUGUUCAUCAGUUUACAGCCCCUCCCCCAUCACACAUGGCCACCCCCCCUGUUCCCCUCGUGCAGCAGUCUUCUCAGCAGGUCACCAUUCCCUUGGAGUUCACUGAUGCAAUUCUUGGUCCUAAUGGCUCUCGACUAGCUGGUAUAAAGGCCCAGUCCUCAUGUGAGAUCACACUCAAUCCUCCCACUCCUGGUACCAGUGAGAGGAUAAUCAGCAUAAUGGGCUCCAGUCAGGGAAUUCAGAUAGCCCAGCAACUCAUGCAGAACAGCGUUCGCCAGUACCACCCCAAUGUGUGAGCAAGUCUUCCUUAUUCUAACACUGAUGCAACAUUUUGCUUCUGAACUUUGAGCGAAAACAUUCUCUACUGAAUCACAUUCCUUAAAUUAGCCUCUCCCUUUGAUUGACAUUGUACCCUGUGUAAUUAUAUUUAUAGAUAAAAAGUGUUUGCCAAUUA